GCAGGUUGCAUAGUCUAGGUUACUGUAAUGGAGGCCCCAGCGGGCUGCGUCAUUUCGUCGACUCGAAAGCAUUGCUGGAGGUUCAAUUGCAAGUUCCAAGUCAACUUAAGGCAGUUUUAACUCGAGCAGUUCUCGGCACGUUCACUUCACGACAUCAACCUCUACUCGUCCGUCCACAUGCGGUUAUGAGACCAUGUCCAGCGCUGCGAGGUAGCAGUGCUAUAUGUGAGCGCCAAUUGUGUAAUGUCGCAAACCAAUCGCGAUCAUACGUCUCUAAGGCGAGUGGAACAUGCCACCAUCGCGAUGCGCCCAGCACCGAGAAUCCAGACAGGCUCCAAGGUUUGCGGAUAGAUCAGCAUGACAAGACUGUCCAUACCGAUGUCGGCACCCUACCGCUUUCACCAGUAAUGGAUCCGGCCUUCUGGGAGGCGCGGGACAGAUUCAAGCAGAAAAAGUCCAAGCCUGGUAAACCUGAAAACGUCUUUGAAAGGGAAUUUCGGAAGAAUCCUUUCGCUCAAGCUCUUGCUACUCCUGUCCGUUACGACUCCGUAACGAGAUUGCGCAUGCCUCACUUCUUCUUCCAAGACUUCAACAUCGUCUCACAUCCCGAAACCGAUACACCCUGGUGGGUCCCCAGGAGCCUUGCCUUGCGUGAGUCGCCGAUUUCACCAACGGCCAGCGGCAGUGAGGAUCAAGUCACCAUCGAGAACAUCGGGAACGAAUCAGCGGCAGAAGCGACGGUUGGGAAACAAGCCAACUUCGAGAAGAAAGCCCCUGCCGCCCAUGUUUUUGGCCCAACUGCCUACGUUUUGGCUCGUCAAGAACUCCUUAGAACCUUUCAGGAGGAACCGAAGAAGGGAAAGGGAGCACGAGCAGCACUCAAGGAUGUCGGCAACUCUCAGUUCCAUAGGCGCCUUUUUGGUCCUUCCAGCUCCCGUUUCAGGACUCUGGCCGGCCGAGCGGUAUGGCGUGAAGACAUGGACGUGUAUGUUCUGGAACAGAUGCGCCAGCAGAUUGUCCAAGAUCUCAUGUACUUGUCAGGGUUGUGUGAGACGGAUGGUCGGUACUAUAUUGUCAAGUGCUACGGCUGGGAUGAUAUCAAGUUCAAGCACAAAGGCGCCGUGCUAUGGUUCGAGGGAGUAGGAGAGGAACAAGUGAAACCAGGACCGUUCGCGACGUUCGACGUCCAGGCAGAUGGCAAAACAGACACAGCCGUGGCAGUACACAAUUUGCCCAUGCUGCUUGGGACUGAGCUGGCACAGAAAGUACGGACAGAAGCAGCAGCGUUGAAAGAUGGUUCGAUAUUCAUGCUUGCGGGAAGGAGAACAACUGAUCUCCAACUUAGGCUAUGGAAACUUCAAGGCUACAUGUAUGACUUUGAAGGGCCAACCUGAAUGCAUGAGAUCAAUCAAUUUGCUGCUCCAUUCGACGUGAGGACCGUAGCAUUGGUGUUUUUAUAUGGCAGGCUUUGAAGCUAAUCUAACGAGAACCCACCGCAGUUCAGAAGACCAUCUUUAAAAGCAUAUUCUGCCGAAAUU